UGAACCAUGGUAGAGAGGGACGAAGUGGCAACGAGCUUGUGAAGACUCAGCAGUAGAGAAAUUAAUUUAAUCAUGAUGUUCCUUCAUGUGAUGAUGAUGGCGUCAGUCCUCUCUGGUGGUUCAGCUGAAGUUGUGAGUGAUUUUCGAGAGAAAUGUGCUGAUAUUUUUGCAAAUGGAGCUCCACCAACAAUACUUCACGGACAUCAGUACAGACAAAUCUGCCAAACUUUAAAAAACAAAGUUUAUUAUGCCACACUUUAUGAUACUGACAACAAGAUUUCGGUCUACUCUGCCUACAAGUUUAACAAGAAAAUGAAAUGCGACAGAAAACACAUAUGGUGCAUUGAACCUCAACUUGAUAAUCCAGGAGAAGAACCAAAUAUGGUACCUGACCGUUCCCAUCAAUCACCGAACCAAGCUGUCAGUGAUGAUUAUAAGCACUCUGGCUUCGACAAAGGUCAUCUGGCACCAGUCUACCUGGCAAGCUCACAGGAUUGUUCUGAUGCCACCUUCACUCUCACCAAUGCUGCGCCACAAAACCUCCAUUUUAACAGAGGUAAAUGGAGGAUACUAGAAGAAAAAAUUGCAGACGAACUUACCAUGCAAUGUCUGUCAAAAAAGAACACUGCUUACGUUGUAACAGGGGUGGUACCAGGUACCAGCAAAACAGAAAGCAUAGAACUGGGCAAUGUGCCAUGA